UCUCCUCCUAGGUCAUCACCAAAUACCCCUAGCUAUCACUGCCACUGUUCAUUUACAGAGUUAUAAUGGCUUACACAACCAAGCUGUCUCUUCUUGCUCUCAUUGUCUUGCUCGCAGUAUCUGGGCAAGCACUAGCAGGGCGCCAGCUUCCCCUGAAUUCCAAGGAUAUUGAUGUGAAACAGCCUGAAUUCUUGUUCAAAUCUGACCGUAGCUUUCUUAUUCCAGGCAUUGGACGAGUGCUAGUGCCGCCACACCCAUACCUUAGCAUUCCACACCCACACCUUAGCAUUCCUUCCUACAGUCCACCUGCUAGCAUCGGUGGCGGCAGUUACAUUCCAGGUGGAGAUGACACAUUUGUCCCAAAUCCUGGGUUUGAAACUCCAAAUCCUGGCAGAGCUGGUUCUGUUCCAGCACCUGCUCAUCCUUGAGCGUGUACUGCUGCUACUUUAUAGUAGCAGCUAGCAUCAUUGCUAGAUGCAUGUUUGUCAUUCCAUGUUAGUAGUAGUAGUAGUAGCUUAUUGUUGUUGUACGGAGGUCCAGUCUGUUAUGUUGCCUCCACAAAUAAAUGGUGUUUGAAUUACUUGUUCAUGUCUAGUAUAAGAAUGCAACCUUGAACUCGUCCUGUUUCCUUUCUCGAGAUAUAAGAAUGCUGCUGGAUAGCAGACUUUUUGUUC